AUGCUUAAGCGUUUCUUCGACCAGAUUGUCAUCAAUCCGCGGGAUGAAUAUGAAGGUCUGUCAGCCACCUUUCAAGAGAAGGUGCGUAACCACACUAGUUCUCAAGGAUUAAUGAAUGAAGGAGGCAGUCAAGGGCAGCCAAAGGCGAGGAAUGACAAAUCUGCAACGGAUGGAGGAGCCGAAAGACCAGGAGGGUCAGCAGUACCAGGGGCGAGCAAAAAGCAACAACCCACAAAACUUAAGAGAUUGAUGCAAGUUGUACUGCAACGCAUUACUGAGGGAAAUGAUAAAGAGGAGCCAAGGCAGGAAAGGGGCAACAUACCAGAUAUAGCAGGACAACCAUCUUCGGCAACUGAUAGACCAUCCGAGCCAGCAAGCAUAAGCACGAAAGGGCAUCUCGCCACGGUGGUGUCGAAAGUGUUCCGACUCAAAUAUCAAGCGCGACGUGAAGAGCAGGCGGAAUCAACUGAAAUGCUCGAAAAGCCCACAGUAUCUCACAAACGCAAAGAGGAGCAUUUAGCAGAAGCAGUAGGGAACGAGGGGUCGGUUGACUCAAGGAAGCGGCGCACAGGGACGGUGCCAAUGAAGGACCGGCGGCAAUCCACCGGAACAGAGUGUCUAAAAGAACUUGAACAACAAGCGGCAUCAAAUGAAGUGCCCGAAAAUCCCACAGUGUCACACACACGCAAAAAGUGGCGAUCAACAGCGCAAGCAGUAGCAAAGAGCGUGGAGUCGGUGGACCAAGAGAGGCGCACAGCGACAUACACCCAAGUCCCGACGAAGGACCGGAGGCAAUUCACGAAAGCAGAGGGUCAUACAGUACGUGAACAACGGCCGGCAUCUAAUGAAAUGCUCGAAAAGCCCGCAGUGUCUCACAAACCCAAAAAGGAGGAAUUAAUAGCGCAAGCAGUACUAAAGAACGAGGGGUCAGCGAACCAAAGGAAACGCACAGGGGCGGACUCCCAAGUCCCGACGAAUGACCGGAGGCAAUCCACGGAGACGGAGGGAGUUUUAAAAAGUGCACAACGGGUGGCAUCUAAUGGAAAGCUCGAAAAGCUCACAGAAUCUAACAAAAGUAAAAAGAGACAAUCAGCGGCGCAAGCAGUGGCAAAGAACGAGGGGUCGGCGUGCCAAAGGAAACGCACAGGGACGGCCACCCACGCCACAACUAAGGACCGAAGGCAUUCCACGAAGGCGGAGGGAGUUUUAGAGUGUGCACAUCAAGCGGCAUCUAAUGGAAUGCUCGAAAAGCCCAAAGUAUUUCACAGAAGCAAAAAGGAAAAACUAGCAGAAGCGGUAGAGAACGAUGGAUUGGUUGACUCGAGGAAGCCAAGGCUGGAUAGGGAGAACAUACCAGCUACAGCAGGUCAACCAUCUACGGCAACUGACGGACCAUCCGAACCAGCAACCAAAAGCACGAAAAGGCAUUUCGCCGCGGUAGUUAAGAAAAUGUUACGACUCAAAGCUCCAACGGAACCUGAACAACAGGGAGCAUCAACUGAAAUGCUCAAAAAUCCUACAGUGUCUUUCAAAAGCAAAACGGAGCAAUUAGCAGAAACAGCAGGGAAAGAUGGGUCGGUUGACUCAGCUGGGGGACGCAGAGUGACGGACACCCCAGUCGCAACGCAGGUCCGCAAGCAGACCACGAAGUCAAUGACAGAGGGACAUAGUAAACAGUGGCCUCCAAAGUAG